AUGCACAUUCCCACUCUUAUACUGUCCCUCUGGAGUCUGUUCCUCCACCACUCUACUCAGUGCUCAAUGCAUGCAUCCAAGCGACGGAAGGGUCUUUCUCGCAAAGUUCAUGUCUCUGGCUUCAGCUAUACUGGAGAACAACACAAUGAAGUUUUAUCCCAGGCAGCAGUGGCCCGCGAACGCACCGCAGGUCAAGAACGCUACCGUCUCAACAUUACUGGUCUUAGUCAAGAUACCCUCAAUGUCCUUGGUGAAAUACGCACUGAACUGCCUCAUGAAGACUUUAUAGCCACGGACGCCAUGGACCACGAUGGGCAAAACGGAGACUGGGAACCCAUACCUGAGUCUUGGAACAAGGACGAGACGAUUGUGCAUGCAAUUCGCGACUUUGUUGAUCACCGUGUAGAGGCCUUUAGCAAAGUAAUAUGUGACUCAUACAAGAUGACAUUAUCGCACAAUGUUAGCGGGCGCAUUCGACAUCUACUUAACUAUGGUCCACUCCAUCGAGAAAAAGCAAAAAGGAUGCUACAAGUAGGUGAUCGUCAGCGUGGAGAUAUGAGGGAGUAUGCCAACAGCGACUACAUGCUUCCUCAGCCUUACGUCAAUCAGUUCGCAAAUGAAGUUUGGUUGCAACCAAUGCCUGCGGACACUUCAGAGCCUGAGGAUGUUGUUCCUGCUAUUGGGAAUGACGAUGAUGCUGACACCGAGGACUCAUCACGACAAGUAAUGUCUUCCGAUUGCAGCAAGAACUGGAAGGCUGCCGCCGGUGAAGAGAAGAAACAGAUGUGGAGUAUUUUCGAUGAGACUGGCCUCUUUGUUGCUGCCUGUCGUCAUGGCCUCCUAUUGUGGGUGACUGACAUGGUGCGCAGUGGUGAACUUGCAAAGUACCCUCUCGCCAUCAUUUCCAAAAUUCUCGAGGUUCUUGGUGAGCACAAUCUUGGGGCUUACGACAUUGGCUGUGGAUUCGCAUUGACUAUCAGCUCGAGUAGCCUUGGGGAAGCAUUCAAGAAGCAAGGAUGCCACAUGUCUUCCUCAACUUAUUCUUCAAACAAUGGGAUGAGGACAAGUACCUCAACCUCGCUACCAUGA